CAUGCCAGCAUCAACAUGGCAAUUGGCAAUCUAUUAUUACAUAAUAAUAAUGAUGCAGGGCUAGGAUUUUGUUAGGUGCCUGCACCGUCUAAGACAAAGUACAGAUAUACGCAUAACAAGAAACUGCUAAAGCCUCCUCCUUCCUUCUGUUCUGUCAUCGUGAAUCUUCACGUUUUUUCACAUACACCAACACCACCAUCAAAAGCUGUAUUAUUUAUAAGAACUAAGAGUAAGAACCAUAACUGCAUAUUCACAGAGAGUGUGUGUGAGAAGUGAGAACACAAAGCAAAGAGUCAUUUUGUGAAGGUGAACUGCUGAAGAGGUAGCGGAUUUUUGAAGGGAGAUAGAGAUUGAAGGAAGAUGAAUAACUCUGUUUCAGAAAACAGUUUCAUCAUUGAGAGUGAUGAAGAAGACGAGGAGAAGGAUUUGAACAAAGGUGAAGGUGGUGGAAACGAUUCUGAUUCUUCCAAUUACUCAAAUGAAAACCCUCCACAGAGAAAGCCCAGUUCUUACAACAUCUCAUGGCCUCAGAGUUACAGGCAAUCUAUUGAUCUAUAUAGUAGUGUGCCAUCACCAAACAUUGGAUUUUUGGGCACACCCUCAUUGUCAAGACUAAGCAGUUCUUUCCUUUCUACAUCACUAACAAGGAGGCACACUCCUGAAGCACUUCCUUCAUUGACAAAGCCUCUGAUACAACAAGACACAGAAGAUGAGCAGCAUCAGAGACGUAGCUCUCAUACCUUGCUUCCUCCUCUUCCUUCUAGAAGGUCUUCUUUGAUUAAGAAGGAUUCCAAGGUUGCUCAUCUUGAAGUUCCCUCUCGCCACUGCUCUUUUGGGCAAGCUAUGCUUAAUGGCAUAAAUGUUCUUUGUGGUGUUGGAAUCCUUUCUACACCUUAUGCUGCCAAAGUAGGUGGAUGGCUUGGGCUUUCUAUAUUGGUCAUUUUUGCAAUUAUUUCAUUUUAUACUGGGCUGCUCUUGCGUUCCUGCCUGGACAGUGAACCUGAGCUUGAGACGUAUCCUGAUAUUGGCCAAGCUGCAUUUGGUACUACUGGACGUAUUGCCAUUUCAAUAGUAUUGUACGUGGAAUUAUAUGCUUGUUGCAUUGAAUAUAUAAUUUUGGAGGGUGACAAUUUGUCUUCUUUAUUUCCAAGUGCACACUUGAAUUUGGGUGGAAUUGAACUGAAUUCACGUACUUUGUUUGCUGUGAUUACUACCUUGGCUGUUCUUCCUACUGUUUGGCUCCGUGACCUAAGCAUUCUCAGUUACAUAUCCGCUGGUGGAGUUGUUGCAUCGAUUUUAGUGGUUCUCUGCUUGUUAUGGGUUGGCAUAGAGGACGUAGGCUUUCAUAGCAAAGGGACCACACUCAAUCUUUCAACUCUUCCUGUUGCUGUUGGUCUUUAUGGUUACUGCUACUCUGGACAUGCAGUGUUCCCGAACAUUUAUACAUCCAUGGCAAAUCCAAACCAAUUUCCUGGAGUGCUCUUAGCAUGUUUUGGUAUUUGUACCUUAUUGUAUGCUGGGGCUGCUGUAAUGGGAUACACAAUGUUUGGAGAAGCUAUACUGUCUCAGUUCACUCUCAACAUGCCUAAAGAAUUGGUAGCCACAAAUAUUGCUGUCUGGACUACGGUGGUUAAUCCAUUUACCAAGUAUGCAUUGACUAUAUCUCCAGUGGCAAUGAGUCUGGAGGAGUUGAUACCGUCAAACCAUGCCAAGUCUUAUCUAUAUUCCAUCUUCAUCAGAACAGGGCUGGUUCUUUCUACCCUAUUUAUUGGUCUCUCAGUUCCCUUUUUUGGUCUGGUGAUGUCAUUGAUUGGAUCAUUACUCACAAUGCUUGUUACUUUGAUACUACCCUGUGCUUGUUUCCUAAGAAUCUUGCGGGGCAAAGUGACACGAAUACAGGCAGCACUUUGCAUUACAAUUAUCACAGUAGGUGUUGUAUGUUCUGCUUUUGGAACAUACUCCGCCCUCUCCGAGAUUGUGAAGAGUUUGAGGGAGUGAAGUUUUGAGGCUUAAAUCCUGGAAGAUUAGAUAUGUCUGCUGUUGUCUAGUCUGUCCAGUCAUUCUAUCUAGUUUGAUUGCACAUCCACAAUUUUGAGUCAAGUUUUUGCUUGCCAUGACUUCUCCAUUCUGUUUAUUUGUGGUUUUUCUGAUCUCUUGUUACCUUACCAUAAAAAGUUUUGCUCAUGUUUGAAGUAUUGGUAAUCAUAGAUUGUGGCAGAGACAACACUUAGUUUGUAAGGAGCGAUCAAAUGAGUUUGUUGAAGAUACUUUUUUUUUCUAUGUUGAAAGUGUCUAGUGCAAUCUUCUGGUGAUGAUAAAGGAUAUUUAUAACCAUUUAAUGCCGCAAUAUAGAGUACUCAGUCACCAAAAGUGCUCGAACAUAAAUUAUAGCUCAAUGAAUAUGGGUAGUGUCUUCAAUUUUUCAUUCAA